AAGAUGCAAGUUUCCUUCUAAAACAAUCAAUUACGGGGGCCGAGUGCUAAUUUCUUCUCUCUGUCAACAAUGCUAUCGUAUACGAGUGUGGUGGUUUAGCUGGAAAUGCCGGAGAUGGGUGGCAGAGGCUUGCCGAAAAAGAAAGAUCCACCACCUAAGGGUGGUGCUGCAACAAAAACAAUUGAUCUGAAAGAUGAUAAUGGGGAGCAAAAUAGCAUCUCAGUUAAGGAAACCAACAAAGAGCAAACUGAGGUCGUGAAGCUUGUUGCUCGCGAUCCAAACCAGAUGGGUCUCCAAAUUGAGGAAUCAGGGCGUUUGAGUCCAGAUCUAGGGGGGAAAGAAGGGGACGCUGAAGGAAUUUUGCUAAACAUAACAGUUUCGACGCAAGGCCAGAGGAAAAGCAGAGUCAAUGCUGGUCCCAGGGAUGGAAGAGCAGAUAAGGGGAAGAGCGAGGCCGGCCCCAUGGAAGGGAAAGAUGCUGGUUCUCCAUCCGGUACGGCAAUGUCUCCUAGUGCUCGGUGGAGUGACUUGAUUGAGAAGGAGAAAGGGGAAUUUCACCCAUCCCUAAAGCAGAAGCCACUGCGUAGUUGUGCUUCGGUUAUGGAAGGGAAUAGGGAUAUCAGUAAAGGAUGGGAUUUUCAAUACGUAAAACCUCAAGAUCCAAUUGGUGCUGUGGUUAUUACUGAGGAUGAGUGGGUUAAAGGGUCAAAGAUUUGGGAGAAUGCUCUUGUUGGGUAUGUUCUGGGAUUUAAACCUGAUUUUAAGGAUGUAUCUAAUUUUGUGAAUAGCAGGUGGAGGGAAUUCCAAGUGCCAAAGGCAUUUAUGCUGCGAAAUGGAGUUUUCUUAUUUGAUUUUGGUAAUGGAGAUGCAAAGCAGGCGGUGCUAGAGAGGCGAUGGACAUUUAAUGGGCACCCUUUGAUUUUGAAACUGUGGACUCCAGAUUUUGAUCUUGACAAUUUGGAUAUCGGUAAGAUUCCUGUCUGGAUCCAAUUUCCUGAACUCCAUUUGAGUCUUUGGAACCCUGAGAGCUUAGGAAAGCUAGCAAGCUAUGUGGGAGUUCCUAUUGCAACUGAUGCAUUAACAACUAAAAGGCAAAGAGUGGCUUAUGCUCGUAUGCUAGUAGAGAUGGAAAUCAUGGACACUCUGCCCUGUGUAGUUCCUAUUAUUGGUCCUAAGGGUGUGUUCCAGCAGCCCGUGGUCUUUGAAUGGGAGCCUGUCAGAUGUGGUAAAUGUAGAAACCUAGGGCAUGAAAAGAGAAAUUGUACUGCUAAGGCAAAAAUGGUGUGGGUUCCAAAAAAACCUGCCGAGGAAGUACACUUUCACAUACUUCUAGAACUGAUAGUGGAAAGCAAUGAGCAAAGUCCAGUGCAACUGGAAGUGGGAGUUAUGAAGUCAGUGAAUCUGCAGAGUGAGACUAGUACUGGCAUAGGGGAUAAAGAGAUGAUGCAAAAGGCAGCAGGGGGAGAAUCUUCUUUUAUGGCUUUAUUAGAAACUAGAGUGAAGCAAGAGAAUAGUAGUCGAGUUGUGCAAACUUUUGAUUUGAGGGUGACUGAAGUAAUACAAACAGACCAAUUGCUACAUGUUGAAGUAUGCUCUACAGUUGGGGAUGUUAAAUUUUUGUGCACAAUUGUUUAUGCUUUUAAUACUUUUGAUGGUAGAGUAGCAUUAUGGGAUCAAGUUAGAGCUCUAGACGUUGAAAAUGUGCCAUGGAUAAUUUCUGGAGAUUUUAAUACAACUCUAAAUUAUGGUGAAAGGGUGAAACCUAGUGGAGUUAUUUGGGGAGAUACCUCUGAGCUCAAGGAUUUUGUCAGUAGAAUGGAGGUUUUUGAUUUGCAAUUUUCAGGUGCUUUCUUCACUUGGAGUAAUAAGCAAGGGGAAAAUGACAGGUUAUGGUGCAAGCUGGACAGGGUAAUGGCUAAUUCAACAUGGGUUAGUGCAUUCCCAAAUACUUCUGUUAUCUUUCUAAAUCCACAAUCCUCAGAUCACUCACCCUCUUUAGUGACUGUGGAUGUAUUGAUGAACAAGAAACCAAAGCCAUUUAGAUUUUGCAAUGCUUGGUCUAAGGAUGAAACCUUCCUUGAUCUGGUUAGGGAAGCUUGGAGUGUGGAUAUUCAAGGAUGCCCUAUGUUUGUUGUAGUGCAGAAAUUGAAAUUGGUAAAACAGAAGAUGAAGCAGCUGCAUAGAAAUAGAUAUGGAAAUUUGGAGGGAAGAAUAAAAGAUAUGGUAGCAGAGCUACAAAAUGUUCAAGCUUCCAUGCAAAAUGCUUUAUUUGAUGAGACUUUGGCUGCAAAGGUAAAGGAACUUCAGCGUGAAUUAACUAAGCUUGAGAGAGCAAAUCUGUCCGUAAUUGCCCAGCGAGCUAAAGUAACUUGGCUAAAGGAGAUGGACUCUAAUUCUGCUUAUUUUCAUGCUAAAGCAAAAGAAGGUGUUCAAGCAGUUGAUAUGAAUGUUAUUCGCAGGGGCGAAGUGUUAACUACUGAAGAGUCAGAAGAGUUAUGCAAGCCAUUUACUGCUAGGGAAGUGGAAACUGCCCUAUUUUCAAUUCCUUCUAACAAGUCACCAGGGCCUGAUGGAUUCACUUCAGGUGGGAAAAUCCUCAAGAAAAUUAAUGCCACCAAUAUUACUAUUAUUCCGAAGGUGAGUUGCCCAAAUGUUGUAAGUGAUUAUAGGCCAAUAGCUUAUUGUAAUGUCAUCUACAAGGUGAUAUCAAAGCUCUUAACCCAGAGGAUUAAUGAAGUGCUGAGCAUGCUGCCAAAGGGUUAUUUUCAGGGGCAACGAGGGCUUCGACAAGGUGAUCCAAUCUUGCCUUAUCUAUUUGUGCUAGUGAUGGAAUAUCUCACAAGGAAAUUGAAGGAGUUAGAUAUGCAGGAGAAGUUUAUAUAUCAUAGCAAGCAUCGAGUGAUGCAACUUACGCACUUGAUCUUUGCAUAUGAUAUUAUGCUUUUUUGUAAGGCUAAUAAGGAGUCCAUUGUUUUGAUGAUGCAAAAGUUUGAGGAGUUUUCCCGAGUCUCUGGGUUGGAAGUGAAUAGAAUGAAGAGCCAAGUUUUCUUCAGUGGUGUUAGAGAAGGGCAGAAAGUUGCUUUAAUUCAGAAGCUGGGUUUUGCUGAGGGACAGCUUCCAGUAGAGUUCAACUAGUUAACUCUGUUUUAUUCCACAUUCAAGUUUUUUGGAGUAGAGCUUUAUUGAUUCCUAAGAGAGUGUUAAAGUUAAUUGAUGUUGCUUGUAGAAAUUUCAUUUGGUGUGGUAAAUGGAAUUAUAAUGCAAUGUCUCUUGUAGCAUGGGAUGAUGUAUGUGUGCCAAAGAAAGAAGGGGGACUAGGGGUGAAGCAGUUGCUGCAUUGGAAUAAGGCAGCAUUACUCAA